AUGUUAGUGGUGCGCCACAUCGCAGUGGACCAUAAAGAUCUCAUCCAUGAUGUCUCUUUAGACUUCCAUGUGACCUGCUCCAGGGACCAGAGCGUCAAGGUCUGGGAUAAAAGUGAAAGUGGGGAUUGUCAUUGUACCGCUAGCUGGAAGACACAUAGUGGACCUGUGUGGCAUGUGACAUGGACCCAUCCUGAAUUUGGACAGGUUUUGGCUUCUUGUUCUUUUGACCAAACAGCUGCUGUGUGGGAAGAAAUAGUAGGAGAAUCAAAUGAUAAACUUUGAGGACAGAGUCAUUGGGUUAAGAGGACAACUCUAGUGGAUGGCAGAGCAUCCGUUACCGAUGUGAAAUUUGCUCCUAAGCACAUGGAUCUGUUAGCAACCUGUUCGGCAGAUGGUAUAGUAAGAAUAUAUGAGGCGCCAGAUGUUAUGAAUCUCAGCCAGUGGUCUCUGCAGCAUGAGAUUUUAUGUAAGCUAAGCUGUAGUUGUAUUUCUUGGAACCCUUCAAGUUCUCGUGCUCAUUCCCCCGUGAUAGCUGUAGGAAGUGAUGACAGUAGUCCAAAUGCAAUGGCCAAGGUUCAGAUUUUCGAAUAUAAUGAAAAUACCAGGAAACAUGCAAAAGCUGAAACUCUCAUGACAGUCACAAAUCCUGUACAUGACAUUGCCUUUGCUCCAAACUUAGGAAGAUCUUUCCAUAUUCUAACCAUAGCAACCAAAAAUGUGAGGAUUUUUACAUUAAAGCCUGUGAGGAAAGAACUUACUUCUUCUGGUGGGCCCACAAAAUUUGAAAUCCAUAUAGUGGCUCAGUUUGAUAAUCAUAAUUCCCAGGUCUGGCGAGUGUGUUGGAAUAUAACAGGAACAGUGCUAGCAUCUUCAGGAGAUGAUGGUUGUGUAAGAUUGUGGAAAGCUAAUUAUAUGGACAAUUGGAAGUGUACUGAUAUUUUGAAAGGUAAUGAGAGUCCUGUCAAUGGGGAUUCUCAGCAGGGAAACUCAAAUCCUUCCCUGGGUUCAAAUAUCCCAAAUCUUCAAAAUUUAUUAAAUGGAUCUUCUUCUGGAAGAAAGCACAGCUGAGUACCAGCUAACUGGAGUAACUUUGCUGUUUUGCUGCUUGUUGCAUGCACACAAGAAUGGAAAGUGAGCUCCUU